AUGGCUGAUUCAGAAUUAUCCAAUAUUUUAAAUCGUCGGAAUAAAAUAAAUGAAGGUGAAGAGCCAGCACCUACAGAGAACGUAGUUGUGAAAGGUUAUCAAACAAAUGAAGGCGACAAAUCGGAAGUUGAUGCUGCGCUCCCCGAACUCGCCAAUAAACUGAAUAGACAAGCAAAUAUUAACGAUGGAAUCGAAUCAGGAGAGGUGCCUUCUAUGAAAGUCUGUAAUGUAUAUACUGAAUUCAAGGAAUUCACAAGAAAACAAAUCAAAGAAUACGAAAAAAUGUUCAAAAAGUAUGACACUGGCAGAGAUGGUUUUAUUGAUUUGAUGGAAUUAAAAUACAUGAUGGAAAAACUCGAUGCUCCCCAAACUCAUUUAGGAUUAAAAGCAAUGAUAAAAGAAGUUGAUGAAGAUUAUGACAGUAAAAUGAGUUUUCGAGAGUUUCUUCUCAUAUUCCGUAAAGCAUCUAACAAUGAGUUACAAAUUGAUGGACUGAAGAGUAUUGCUGACUGUGAUGAGAUAAACGUGUCAGAGGAAGGAGUCGGAGGUGCCAAGAAUUUUUUUGAAGCAAAGGUUCAGCAAUUAUCUCAAUCAAACAAAUUUGAAGAAGAAAUUAAGAAAGAGCAAGAGGAAAGGAGGCAGGAGGCAGAACUGAAGAAAGUACGGAGAGCUGAGUUCAAGGCAAAGGCUAGCGUCUUCCAGUAGUUUCUAUCUACUGAAAUGUAAUAGAAAAAUAGAGAGAUCCAAAAUAUAUCAACUCUUCAACAGAAAUAAAUGCAGGGGAUAAACUUUUAGGUUGAUAUAUACAACCAAUGCUUCUUUUUAUUUACUUAUAAAACACUUCUUAAAUGUAUAGUGAUCCUUAUAUUCGAAAACUUCCUAGUGCUAGAUGUAUAAUUUAAACACAGUUACCUAUCAGUCGUCAAUUAGCAUUUUCGUUAAUUUAUCAAAUUCGUAUGUUUCGGAAAAUAUUGAAAUCAAAAUUUGAAAUGUCGAGUUGCUCCAGUUUCACAUAUAAACUCUGUAACAAUGUAUUACUUGAUCAUUAUCACCCCAUGCAAACCCAACUAUCAUUUUCCUUUUUAAUCUAAUUUCUGAAUCACAGGCUACUGUUGAAAUUUAAUUAGACAUUUCUUUUUUUUGGUCUUUAUAAAUUUUCAUUUGCAGCCAUUAUUUGAAAUGCUAAAAUUUAAGGAAAAUGCAAGCUUUACUGUUUGAAAAGUUAGUAUUUUGUCAUAUGAUUCAUUUGUUUUAAGACUCAAAUAUUUUCCCAAUUUUAGCAAAGAUUUGUUGGAGUAGCUUUUCUCUAGUUUUUAGUGUUUGUAAAUAGACAUGCCUUUUUCAUGUUUCUUACUUCUUAUUAUGCAUACGGUUUUAAUCGAGAAGUGGUAUUAUAAUAUUGAUAUUAUAUUUGUUUAGUAUUGGAAUUCCGCCAGGUCUUAUCAAGUGUUUUUAUUUUAAUGGUAUUGUAGCUAGCUUUUUAUGGAUAAUUUUAUGUGUAUAUCAGCAAGUAAUUUAUUUUCUUUUUUCAGACAUGUGUUUUACACAUGUUUGAUUCGCAGCCUCAAUGCAUAUCAGGCUUUGGGAAUUUUCUAUAUGUGAAGUAUGUAUGUUUUUGGUGUAACUAAUUUUUGGUAGAAAAUUGAUUUUGCAUAAAUAGUAGGAAUUAUCUCUGAAGCAAGCCGAAUGUUUGUGCUAUUUUGUGUAAUGUUGUCCUUUAGUAUUGUACAUAACACACCAAAGAAAAUUUCAGUUAGUUUUGUUUACCUUUGUUUAAGUAACAAAUUUGAUUCCGCUGUCAACCGAUCGAUAGUGUGCCUAUUUUUCAGUGAUUUGCAUUAACUGCCCUAUUUAAUGUUUGUUAUGUUCUUUUUAUAAUUUUGUUUUGUCUCAUAAUCAUAUGUGUUAGUAUAUAUAUUUUGCUGCUUGUUUUGACACCGAAUAUCCAAAGCUAAUAAAGUUAUAUCAAAUA